UUCAUUGAGGAUCGCUCACAACAGCCAGCUGGAAAUAUUCCAUCAUCGCCGCCCGCCAAUACCUGGACUCUUGGUGAUGAAGAGCUCGAACAACUCCUGGCUUACAUUUGCGAAAGAGUAAACGUAAUUAACGGAAGAAACUGGCAGGGAAAAAAAAGCUUUGAAAAGUUUUGAAAACUAAGAGAAAAGACAGUUAGAGAAACACGAAGCUAACGAGAUACACCUCCGGUUGAGGCAAUCUUUCUUAAAAAUAUUAAAACGCAGUUGGAUAUUUUCGUGUUCUACAGUCGAUAUGAGACUUCCCAGAGCUUCGUGGUUUCGAAUGUUCACGUUCUGUACAGUGGCUUUCUUCUUGAGCCCUCCGAGCCAAGCGGCCCGGGUUCGAAGAGUGGUCGGGGGCCGGGAACUGGCGGCAGGGGCGUGGCCAUGGUUGGUGUCUCUCAACUACAAGGAACAUCACGUGUACUUGGAGCUCCAGGGGCUGCGCCACCUCUGCGGGGGCACACUCGUGCAUCCACAGUGGGUGCUCACAGCUGCUCAUUGCGUUCACUUUGCCUCUGGCAGUGCAGGAUUGGGCGUGGCGGAGAACUGGGACGCGGUGCUCGGGGAGUACAACAGACGCGUCAACGAAGGCCACGAACAGAGGAUCCAGGUGGACGCCAUUUUUGUGUCGCCGAGUUAUUCACUGUCGCCCAAACUGACAGGUGACAUUGCGCUGCUCAAGCUUGCGACGCCCGUCAACAUCACCGACUCUGUGCGGCCAAUUGGAAUAGACACUCUGAGAGAAAUACCUGCAGGGACUUCUUGCAAGGCCGCCGGGUGGGGGCAGCACGCUCCAGACGACUACGGACAGCCCCAGUACGGCAACGGUACCAUCGUGCCUCAUGUCAUCGACGUCAAGCGUGUAUCCACGGCCGACUGUCGGAGAGCCUACGCCAAGUUCUGGCCCCUCAUUGACCAGCGCGUCAUGUGCUUCAACUCCAACACCAGGAGUGAUACCUGCAAGGGUGACUCCGGCGGCCCCCUCGUCUGUCGUGACGGCCAAGGCCAGUUGCAAGUGACGGGCAUCGUGUCGGUGGGCAUGGGGUGUGCCCUGGUCGAUUUCCCCGGCAUCUAUACGAGGGUUGCCGAGUACAGACCUUGGAUCUUGGAGACGAUAGAGACGCACUCGAACUGGGGUAUGGCUGGCGACGAAGGCGACGCUGGCAGACAGGCGGAGCAGGAUGAGGCCGAGAAUCAAGCACAAGGGACGGAGAUCCCAGCCUAAGGGACGGGGCUUCAGAAUAAAGGGACAAGGGUCUCAGGACCACGUCGCCGCUGAAUAACUCAGCUCAUUUUGUUGUGUUGGACACAGUUGAAAUCUCUUUAAGCCUCGAAUGAAGAAGCAUAAUAAAACUCAGUUCUUAACUACACAUAUUAUCUAACAGCAUAAUGUAAACAUUUUCCUUCCUGUGAAUCAGAUCGUAAAAUUAUCUAGAUGCAUAUCCACCCAAAAGCAGUUUUGAUUUUAAGUUGCAAGACGUAUUAUCUCUUUCUAGACCAGCCUUAAAAGUCAUGCUACUGUUCUGUGAUAUUUUUCGACAAUUAUACUCACACAGAAAACACAGAUUCGGUGUAACUUAACUGCAUUUUGGUAAACUAAUUUUACCUCAUUUUAUGUACAUACCUUAGAGCAGUGUUCGUCUUAAGUAUUGCUCCCUGCAAUAGUAAUAGGCUAAUACAUACAUAGUCUAGUUUUGUGCAAUCACGCAAUAUUUCCAAUUUCACCUUUAUUUUGUUCUGUUGGAAUGCAAAAGGACUGAUCUUUGUGUUGAAAAUAGUGACUGUAAUAAGGCAACUAAAAACAAUAAAACAAAAGCAAAACAA